AACAGCAGAAGGCACUUGGGAAAUCUCACUUGUCUCUGGUCCAUCGCAAUACCCUUUGCUCGUGAUUCCUGUUGACGGCUGUCACCGUUUGACAAGAUGCCGCAGAUUAAGAAAAAGGGCACUUCCGGCCAGGCCAAAAAUUACAUUACAAGAACCCAGGCCGUCCGAAAGUUGCAAAUCUCCUUGCCCGACUUUAGAAGGCUAUGCAUUUUCAAGGGUAUUUAUCCUCGAGAGCCCCGCAAUAAGAAAAAGGCUGCGAAGAAUUCCACUCCUGCAACUACGUUUUACUAUACCAAGGAUAUCCAGUAUCUUCUCCAUGAGCCGCUUCUCCAAAAGUUCCGCGAUCACAAGGCCCUGUCAAAGAAGAUUUCCCGCGCUCUUGGCCGAGGCGAAGUUGGCGAUGCAGCUCGACUCGAAAAGACUCAGACUCCGCGCCUGACUUUGGACCAUGUCAUUAAGGAGCGGUAUCCGACUUUUGUUGAUGCGCUACGUGAUCUGGACGAUGCGCUCUCGAUGCUUUUCUUGUUCGCCAACCUCCCUUCGACCGCCGCCGUGCCUCCAAAGACGAUUGAGCGCUGCCAGAGACUUUGCCUGGAAUUUGAACAUUAUCUGAUCAUCAGUCACUCGCUGCGAAAGUCCUUCCUCUCCAUCAAGGGAAUCUACUACCAGGCAACAAUUCAGGGUCAGGAUGUUCUCUGGCUCGUACCUUACAAGUUUGUGCAGCGAAUCACCAGCGACGUUGAUUUCCGGAUCAUGGGUACCUUUAUUGAAUUCUAUACUACGCUCCUUGGUUUUGUCAACUUCCGCCUGUAUACUUCGCUUGGACUCGUAUAUCCUCCCAAGUUCAACGCCGCUAGUGAUGAGCAGGGUGGCGAGCUCGGCGCAUUUACCCUUGAGGGAAGGAAUGUGGGCUUUGGAUCCCAAGAGAUCGAAGCGUCGAUCGCGCCUGCUCAGAUCUCCAACGAGCCCGCGCCUGAAGUGCAAGCCAAGGUUGACAGCAUCGCUAAGGUUUCCGAACCCGAAGGCGAGGACGCUGUCGCGGAGACGCAAGACGGCGAAGAAGUCAGCGAUAAGAUUGACACUUUUGAAGCCGCCGCCCCAGAUGCCGACAUCCUCCCUCAACCGCAGUUCAGUGGCAACGAAGUGGCAACGCUCUUUGCUCCAUACACCAUCUACCUGUCCCGUGAAACACCGCGAGCCCCAUUAGAAUUUCUUCUCCGCUCCUUUGGGUGCAAGCGUAUUGGAUGGGACGCUGUUCUUGGAGACGGUGCUUUUACCAACAACGAAGCCGACACUUCCAUUACGCACCAGAUUGUUGAUAGGCCCGCGCUUCCGGCCGAUGCACUGCCCGCGGUUCCCGAGACGAAGGACGGCGAUGCUCAGCCUGGUGUGCGCCCGGGAAGCCGUGUUCCUGGUCGGACAUACAUUCAGCCUCAAUGGGUUUGGGAUUGCAUUAACGCCGGCAAGCUGCUUCGUCCUGAUAUUUACGCCCCUGGUGCAACGCUUCCCCCUCAUCUUAGCCCGUGGGUGCAGCAGAAGAAGGGCCAGUACGACCCCACCGCCCCACUUGCUGAGCAAGAGCGCGAAGGAGAGGCCGAGGAAGUCGAGGAGGAGUCAGAUGUCGAGGGCGAAGAGGAACAAGAGGCUGGCGUUGCCGAUGUCGACGACAAUGCGGCAGAGGAGGAGGCUUCUGAUGAGGAGAUGAACGAUCUUGGUGCCGCGGACGGUAUGCGCGUGGCAGGCAGCAGCGACGAGGAGUCUGACGAAGAGGAUGAGGAAGCGGGCGAUAACGAGUGGGCUGGCGUUGAAGAGCCUGAGGAGGAGGAUUCCGACGACGAGGACGAAGCCGAGAAAGCCCGGAAGCAACACCAGGCUGAGCUUGAGGCGGAAGCCGCCGGUCUCCCGUACAAUGCCAAUGAAAAUGGAAAGGGAAAGAAGGCAGGCAAGAAGCAACCCAGCGAAGCGAAGAAGCGCGCGACCAAGAAGCGCCGUGAGGAGGAGGAAGAGCUGGAGAGACAAAAGAUGAUGAUGUCUCGGAAGAAGAGAAAGGUCUUGGACAAGAUGAUCUACUCCAACCGCAAGCGUGACGAGGAGGCGGAAAAGUUGCGGAGCAAGAGAAGAAAGAUUGAAAAGGAGGCUGCUAAGAAGGCGACCAAGUGAGCUUGGUUGCCGGCUUUUGCGCCCUUUCAUUUUCCCUUCAUUUAUCAUAUUUUCGUACUCUUAACUUGACGCGAUCGACGCUUGCCUGGCUUGCACAUCAUUUUACUUUUCCUCUGCUUUGAAAAGAGUCGUUUCAGGCGUACCGGACGAAGUUAUUUCAUCGUCAAUUUGUAUAAGUGGCAGACAGACGCUACAACAUCAGGGAGGGUACCCUGUAGAUUAAGGGAUAGAAAAGCAUUUGGUUUAAUAUACUGCAU